AUAACAAAACGAUGCCUGCUCAAAUCAAAAAAAUUGCUCAAGACGGAGAAAAACAUAAAAGCGAUGUCACUUGUUUGGCAUUUGUCAACGGCUAUUUGUUCUCUGGCGGUCAAGAUGGAUGUGUUAAGGUUUGGGACGAUAAUUUAAACUUGAAACGUAAUAUAAAUCUUUUUGAUGCUGAUAAAUAUGUUUUCUCUUUAUGUGUGGAUGUAAAUGGUCGUUUGUAUGCUGCUGGAAGUAACGGUAUUGUCAAAGUUGUGCCAAGUCCAUUGAGUUCAGAUGAGUCCAAAGAUAUAUACAAAUGUGCGGAAAAUCCUGUACAAAUAUUAUUUUGUCACGGUGAAUCAGUAUGGGCUGGUGAUGGACUUGGUAUUUUACUUCAUUUUGAAAAUUAUAAAAAAAUUCAACAAUAUGAAAUGGUUGAAGAAAUAAAAAGUUUGGCUGUUGAAGGGAAAUUAAUAUAUACAAUACGAGAUAAUGAUUUAUGCAUAAGUGAAAUUCAUCCAGAAAAAGGAUUAUAUUUAGUGAAAGCUGUUAUACCAGGGAAAUCACCAAUGAAAUUGAUUGGCCCAUAUGUUAAUGGGCAGCGAUCUUUAAUUGUAACAGUGACUCGAGAUGGAAGAGGGCUUAGUAUCUUAAAUAAUUGUCCUCAUAGAGAUUUUGUUAAAGUAUGGCUCAAAGAUAAUGUUCAUGAUAUGAUCAUAAAUGCAAUUUCUGGCAACGAGAAAACACUUUUUAGUGGUGGUUUCGAUGGAAUCGUAAAAAUGUGGUCAGAUAUUAGUGACAUUGGAAAAUUAAGUGGUGAAUUAAAUGUUGGAAGUUGUAUCAAUUCUCUUUGUCAUGGUCCAAAUGAACAGACAGUUUUCGUUGGAACAAGUGAUGGUUAUAUUAGAAAAGUUGAAUUUGAAUAG